GAGAGAGUGAGUGCUCAGUGUUGGUUGAGUUGUAGUGUUUAAUGUACAAUGAAAUGCGACAUCUGGACAUCGCUCCAGAAACCGAGUGACCGCUCUCUCUCUCUCUCUCUCUCUGUGGGGAACCUGAGAGAAGAGGAACAGAGCGCCGGUACUUGUGACAGAUAACCAACACCAGAGGAGGUCUGAGCAGAGAGUGAGGUCCACACGCGAUCUGAACGCCACUCACUCUCUCACUCUCUCACUCUCUCUCUCACUCACUCACUGACUGAGGAACUGAGGAACUGUCCCUCUGUGAGAGACUGAGAACAUGACCAGUGGCCGAGAGCGGACAGUGGGCGAGAGGGAGGUCCGGACACAGCCUGAGGUCGGGGCAGAGGCGAUAGACAUCAGCCCCAACCAGGACCGGGGGGUCCUCAAGGUCAUCAAACAGGAAGGCAUUGAGGGAGAGAUCCCAAUGAUAGGAGAUAAGGUGUAUGUUCAUUACACCGGAACUCUCUUGGACGGAAGAAAAUUUGAUUCAAGCAGAGACAGAAAGGAACAAUUUGCUUUUAAUUUGGGCAAAGGUCAAGUGCUGAAAGCGUGGGAUAUUGGCAUUGCUUCGAUGAAGAAAGGCGAGAUCUGUCAGUUAUUCUGUAAACCAACCUACGCUUAUGGGGCUUCAGGCAGUCCGCCCAAAAUCCCUCCAAACUCCACAUUAGUGUUUGAGGUGGAAUUAAUACAGUUCAAAGGGGAAGACCUAACAGAGGGUGAAGAUGGUGGCAUCAUUCGCAGGAUUAAAAAGAAAGGUGAAGGUUACUUCAGCCCUAACGAAGGAGCGACGGUGGAAGUUUCCAUACAAGGGAAGUGCCAAAAUGUACUGUUUGACAGACGGGAAGUCAAGUUUGUGGUCGGGGAAGGAGAUGAUCGUGAUAUUCCAAUCGGGGUGGACAAAGCAGUGGAGAAAAUGCAGCGAGGAGAGCAGUGCCUUGUCCACCUCAAAUCCAAAUAUGGCUUUGGUGAGAAAGGUAGACCUGAGUUCAACAUCCCGCCAAACUGCGAGCUGGACUACGAAUUGGAACUGCGGAGAUUUCAGAAGGCCAAGGAAUCCUGGGAAAUGCACAUUCAAGAGAAGCUCGACCGGGCAGCAACCGCGAAAUUGAAGGGAACUUCGUAUUAUAAGGCUGGAAAGUACAUCCAGGCUGUGAUCCAGUACAGGAAGAUCGUAAUGUGGUUGGAGCAGGAGUAUUGUUUAGCACAGGAAGACAGACAGUAUACCAGAGCUCUGCUUCUGCCUGGACAUCUCAACAUGGCCAUGUGCUAUUUAAAACUGAACGAACACUUGAAAGCAGUAGAGAGCUGUAACAAGGCAUUGGAGAUGGAUGGAUCCAAUGAGAAGGGACUUUACCGGCGAGGAGAGGCCAGGCUGCACAUUAAUGAGUUUGAUCUGGCAAAGGCCGAUUUCCAGAGAGUCAUUCAAGUCAACCACAACAGGGCCGCCCGCACUCAGCUCCUCCUGUGUCAGCGCAGGCUGAAGGCUCACCACGAGAGAAACCGCAAGAUUUACGCCAACAUGUUCCAGAAGUUUGCAGAGAGAGAUCAGCAGGCAGAAGCCGGCAAUUCGUCACGACACAAAAGCAGCAAUGCUCCUGAGCAGUUGGAAGAUGGUUCACCGAGGGAAAAGAAAGCCAGAGAGGCCGAGUGAAGAUGGCCUGGGUCAGUGUGAAGGGUUUAAUGGCUGGGACUGGAGCCAGGUACAGCACACAGAUGCACUUUGGAGACCAAUAAAGUGUCUGAAUAUUGUCUGCCAGAGACAGGUGGAAAGAAACCAAUUAUUAUACUCAGUGAUCUCUAAACGCACGGAGUGGGGGUGUGUGGCGUGUCGAUCCCAGAUGGGAAUUUGAAGCUCCGUGAGGGGUCGGAGUCAAACAGUUCAGCAUUGUUACUGCUACUCGAGGCUGCUUGACCUUGACUGAAAUGUUACCUACUGAAAGCAUUCCAGAGUCUGACAAAAAUAAACUUUACAAUCCUCUUA